AUGAAAACGGCAGAAAAAUUAGGAAUUAUCGGUACGACGAUAUCAAUUUUUGGUAUAGGAUUCGGUUGGGGUGUUUUCCCAUGGUUGAUAAGAAUGCAAAUCGGAAGAGUUAGUUUAUCACCGGGUUCUGAAACACGAGAAUUUUGGGAAAAAAUACCAUUUCCGAUAGAUUUUAAAAUUCACAUAUUUAAUAUAACCAAUCACGUGGAAGUACAAAACGAAGGGAAAAUUCCUAACCUACAGGAAAUCGGUCCUUAUUAUUACAAGGAAUGGAAAGAAAAAUCGGAAAUGAUUGAUUAUGAAAAUGAUGAUUCGAUAACGUUUUUCAUGAAAAACACGUGGUUUGAUAACAAAGAAAAAACAUUACCACUUACCGGUGAUGAAAUGGUUAUCAUACCAAAUCCAAUAUUAGUCGGAUUAAUAACGGCAGCUGAAAGAGAAAAAAAAGGGGUUUUACCAAUGAUAAACAAAGCGAUACCCAUUUUGUUUAACAAACCCGAUUCUGUUUUUUUAAAAAUAAAAGUUUACGAUUUAUUAUUCGGCGGUAUUAUAUUUAAUUGCACAACGAAAGAUUUUUCCGCAUCCGCCGUUUGCGCCGUUUUAAAAAAAGAAGCGCCAUUUUUGGAAACCGUUAGCCGAAGCGUAUUUAAAUUUUCUAUAUUGAAUCAGAAAAAUGGUACCGAAGAACCGUUGAAAUUACAAAUAAAACGAGGUAUUAAAGAUUAUACGGAAGUCGGAAAAGUUAUCGGAGCAAAUGGAAAAAAUAAAUUGACCAAUUGGAGAGGGAGACCUUGUAAUAAUUUAGAAGGUACCGAUGGUACCAUAUUUCCAUCCGAUAUAUCCGAACAUCAAGAUAUAUGGUCGUUUAAUUUAGAAUUAUGCAGGUCGAUCCCAGCAAAAUUCGUUAGGAAAAGUGAAUAUAAAGGUAUACCGGCUUUUCGGUACAACGUGACCAUUGGUGACACGUCAACUGAUCCUUCAUUAAAAUGUUUAUGCAUAAACGAUACGUUUUGUUGGAAAAAAGGCGCCAUGGAAUUGUUAAAAUGUUCAGGACUUCCGGUGGUGGCAACACUUCCGCAUUUUUACGAUUCACACGAAGAUUUUUUAAACGGUGUCAAAGGUUUAAGUCCAAAUGAAGAAAAUCACAGUAUUUUUUUCGACAUAGAACCGAUGACGGGAACUCCGCUUUAUGCGAAAAAAAGAAUACAAUUUUCAUUUCCUUUGGGAAAAAUAAAUAAAAUCGACUUAACGAAAAAUUUACCGGAUACGCUAUUACCUUUUCUAUGGGUCGAAGAAAGCAUCGAACUUCCGGAUUAUUUGAUCGAUAAGUUAAACAGCGAACUUUUUAGAAUUUUACAAUUUCUCGACGUCAUCAAAUGGGUUAUAACACUUUUUGGUGCUGGUGUCGUGAGCGGAGGCGUGGGAUUAUAUUACAAGGAAAAAAAUUCUCUACCCAUAACUCCGACGUCGUCUGCUACGAGUAAAAAAAUUGACAAUCCAACGGAUAAAACGACAACCCACGAAUUGGGUCACACGAAUUUCGGGUACAUAAAUUAA